GGGCAGUCCUGUGGGGCCUUCCUCGCGCUCCACCCUCGUCGCAGUCCCCCUCCUUGUCCUCCUUGCCGCCCCCCUUCACCUCUCGAAGCCGUCCAGGCUGUACUCCUUUUCAAAGACAGCCGGCAUUUGGGUACUGUACAUGUCCACCGAACCUCUUCGCUCGGCCAUGCCUCCGAGGGCAGCGCUCCCGCUGGCCGCGGCGCUCGCCUCGACCCUCGCGGGGCGGGGCGCAGGCAUCCACAGCUCGCUCCGGGAGCACGGGCAGCGGCACCGGGGCGCCGCGGGGGGCGGCGGCCUCGGGCACGGCGGCGGCGCAGGGGCCGCCGGGCACCGGGCGGCCGUGCGCCACAUGCGGCAUAAGCAUCGUCACUGUAGAAACACGCGCUGGCGACCCGAUGAGGCUCCCGGGCAGGAACUCCGGCAACAACAGCGACGCCGAGGUCGAGAACCUGGGCGCGGGCCAGCCUUGGAACUAUUACCGCACUAAGAACGGCCUGAUGCUCGAGUGGCUCAGCAAGGCUGUCGAGAAGGACCCCGACGCCAUGGCGAUCAUGAUCGACGGUGGCGACAUGGUGUUCGGCGGAUGCGACGAGAGUUUCUUGAUGUCGAAGUACCAGAAGAUCCUGAGCGCCAGCGGCGGGGGACCCAACAUGAAGAUGGUGAUGGGCGCCGAGACUGCUUGCUUCCCUUUCCACAAUGCAAAGUUCUUCCGCGACAACAGCACGUGGGAGGGUCGGCGGUCAGCCGUCAACAGGCAGGUGGAGAACCUCGCUGACGACUGGGUCUUGCCGUGGUCGCCCUGCGGCGACACGAAGAUCGCCCCGUGCGACCCAGAGCCUCAGAGGGCCUACAGGUACCCAAACUGGGGGUUCGUCAUGGGCCCGGUGAAGGACCUCCAGCCGCUCUUCGAGUUCGUCUACAACCAGGGCAGCAACCAAGUACUGGACCAGGCGCUGGCCCAAUGGUGGAUGGUCACCCACCCCGACCGGAUCACACUGGACUACGCCGGCAGCAUGGUCCUGAGCCUUCACCAAUGGCCUACGGGCGGGCAGACAGUCGUGCGCCCCUCGAGGUCCGAAGGGGGAAGUGGUCCGCGAGCGAGAAAGGGGGGCCCUUCAUUCUCAACAAGAUCACCAAGCAGCCGUGCUGCUUUGCGCAUGGCAACGGCGACGGCGUGGCUUUCAUCCGAAAGAUUGCGAGGAGCAUGAACAAGCUAACGGGCGCUGCAUGAGUUCGGCGUCACCCCAACAUACUCAUACUAUAUGUGUUUCGCCCCCCCAGGGGCGACGCGCGCACCGAGAAAUCUUCUAGUAUAUGCGUUGUGGCGGGCGCUUUCUGGCCAUACCGCUGGGGAAACGAUCUACUACAAAUAGGGUAUACUACAUGUUCGGGUCGGACGCGCGCCUCCAAGGUGGACACAUGGUACUAGUAUGUCUCUGCGCGUCCCCUGAGUGGCUCUAGUAGUUGUUACCAGGGGCAACGGUCGGCCAUAGCCACCCAUCUCCGUGCGCUCAGGCGGGCGCGCUUAGGCUGUGAUUGCAGCGCCGAACAUCGCCGCGCAUAGGCGGGAUGCCCCCGGUCGCACGGCUCUGCUCGGGCACGGUGCCUUCUUUGUAUUUCGCCUUCACUCCCAGGAUAACGCCCGCCGCCCUACCCCCCCCUUGCAGCAGCGCCUGUUUUUUAGCGCACAGGCAUACUGUUCGUAGUGCGCGCAACGUGUUUGCAGUGUGCGCAAGCACGUGCUUGUGGUCUGUAGAGGCGCGUGGGGCGCGCAGGCUGUUGUGGCACCCGCGCAGGCGUGGCGGCGCAUUCACACGGGAAGAGGCAAGCAGUUCGCUGUGUAUAGCGCACGCGCCGGCUGCGGCGGCUGUUGUGGUGCACACAGGCGUGGUGGGAUGUUUUGUGCGCGCAGGCAUCGGGGGGUAGGGGC